UUGCUAGACUUCUCGCCAUGCCAGUUCUUAACCUCCUAAUUAUAGCCUUGUUCUUCCUUCCAGUCUGCAAUUCUAGGAAACAAUCAUCUUGUUCUUCUCUUUGUGGAAAUUUAUUAAUACAAUAUCCAUUUCGAUUAAGAAAUGAUCCUGCAAAUUGCGGACAUUCCUUGUAUGAACUUGCUUGUGAGCAUGAGCGUCCCGUGUUAACAAUAGAUUACGGUAAAUUUUAUAUCGAAUCCAUCUCAUACGAUAAUGAGACCCUUCAUGCCGUCGAUCCUGGUCUAAAGACAAAUGACUGCUCCUCCCUUCCCCGUUAUGCCUGGACAGCAAGCAACCUUAGUCAUGUCUCUGUGAACUAUUACGACGACGAUCGGCCAUACUGGUUGUCCUUAAAAACAGAGGAUACCAUGAUUUAUCUUAAUUGUUCAACCACACUGAAUUCUCCUGAAUAUCUGGACGCAUCUCCUUGCAUAACCAAUUCCUCCCUACCACAAGCUCACCAUCUGUAUGUUUUUCUUGGAGAUCUGCAAGCAGCAUCCCUAUCCAGCUCUUGUGACUAUUUCUUGAUGACUCCGGCGGUGAUUCAAACAACUGGGAAUCUCACAUAUGCUGAUAUCCACAAGAAAUUGACCAUGGGAUAUGAGCUUUCAUGGAGUCAUUAUUUUUUUUUAAUUUGUGAAUCAAAUGGAGGAUAUUGUCCUUUCUCAGAUGGUAUUGGUGACUCCGAGCGCAUCUGCUGCAGAGGACCAUUGACGAGUGUUAAUUGUUUUGUACGUUAUUUAUGGAUCGCGAUACAGGGCUACAUAGGACUCGUACUGAAAAUUGUUGGGUAUUUCAUUUUGAUAAGAGCUGCCGUUGGAAUCCUAUGCAUGUCUCUCUAUCUAAUUUAUAAAUGGAGGAAAAGAGCAUCAAUCGAUGAAUAUGUUGAAGAGUUCUUGCGAAACUAUGAGAACCUCAAACUCAAAAAAUUUUCUUACUCUGACAUCAAGAGGAUGACUGGAGGCUUCAACGAACAACUGGGUCAAGGUGGCUUUGGCUCUGUAUUUAAGGGAAAGCUAUCAAAUGGUUGUCUAGUUGCAGUAAAGGUGCUGGCAGAGGCCAAGGGCGAUGGGCGAGAUUUCAUCAAUGAAUUGAGAACAAUUGGGAUAAUCCGUCAUGUCAACGUGGUACAACUUCUUGGAUUCUGCUUUGAAGGAUCUAAAAAGGUUCUCAUAUAUGAAUACAUGGCCAAUGGAUCUCUUGACAAGUACCUGUUCUCUCGAGACGACGUCUGCACUUUAAGUUGGAGCAGAAUGUAUGAGAUUGCCUUAGCCAUAGCUCAUGGGAUUGAAUAUCUACACCGAGGUUGUCAUAUGAGGAUUCUGCACCUUGAUAUUAAGCCUCACAACAUUCUUCUUAAUGAAGACUUUACUCCAAAAAUUUCUGAUUUUGGCCUUGCCAAGUUGUAUCCAAGAAAUGAUAGUGUAGUUUCUCUGACAAAUGCUAGAGGAACUAUGGGAUACAUGGCUCCAGAAUUGCUGUAUAAAAAUAUUGGAGGCAUCUCCUCUAAAUCGGACGUUUACAGUUUUGGAAUGUUGUUGAUGGAAAUAGCUGGGAGAAGAAAAAAUCUCAAUCCGUUCGUGGAGAAUUUGAGCCAAAUCUACUUCCCAUCAUGGAUUUAUGAUCAACUAGAACAAAAGGGUGAAAUGGAAAUCGAGGAUGCGACAGCUGAGGAAAAGGAUAUAGGCAACAGGAUGAUCAUGAUUGCUCUCUGGUGCAUACAACUGAAGCCUGCAGAUCGUCCUUCCAUGACCAAAGUGGUGGAGAUGCUUGAAAAUACUUCAGAGCCACUGCAAAUGCCUCCCAAGCCUUCUUUAGCUCCAGAAAGGAAACGUAGCUGAGGGUCUGCAAAAAUCUUACAAUAAGGAAUCACUUUGAUGAAAAUGCUCUGUAAUUUCAUCUGUGUCCUUGCUUUUGUUCUUAUGAUGUAUAUCUGCAAGAAUAUAUUUAAAGUUGAACAACCACCAAUUAAUUAAAUUUAUCACAAUAUGAUCAAGUUCUA